CAUGUUUCAUCUGAAGGCGAUCCUUGACUACCAGCGGAGCUGUCUGUUUGAAAGCGGGUGGUUUCGCUAUAUUUGAAGACUGUCUGGGAUUAUUAAGUGACGGAAAAUUGAGUCCUUCCAGAAAACGCUGUAAAUGCGGUGGUGUGUCUCGGUCUAGAAACUCAAUACACUCUAAAAGUAAAGAACUUGUUUGGGCUUUAAGAAAAGUCGAUUUUAUUUCAAUACUGAUAAACCAGUCAGCAGCGCACGUGAAGACGCCGCGGUGCUUUCUACUAAAGAGAGUGGGAGAGAAUGUGAGGGGGAGAUCUGUGGCCUGAUGCCAAAGCUCUCUCUUCUCCAACAGAUCUAGAAUAGACUAGAACUACUGUACUGUCCUUGCAGUUCACACCAAUCCCAGCAGCACAGGGGCCAAUGUAGAUCAGCACCUGUUAUGAUGUUGUGUAGUGCAUGGACUCAUGCUUAUUAUGGUCGGAGAUUUCCAGGAUGUGUGAGGUGGACGUUUCUUCUGAGCCCACCAGCCCAACGCUGUAUAGAGAAUCUUCUGAUUCUUACUGCCAUGUGGACCGCUGGCAGAAACUACGCACAGCCGUUCGCAAGCUAGAAUUCUGGGAAAACUUUACUCAUGAGCUGAUUGGCAGUGGCUUCUUUUCAAAAGUUUACAAGGUGAUUCAUAAUACCACUCGGAAAAUGAUGGUAGUGAAGAUCUACAAGAAUGACGUGGACCAGGACAGCAUUGUACGAGAAAUCAGCCUUCUGCAGAAACUCUCUCACCCCAACAUAGUGAGGUAUCUGGGUAUUUGUGUCAAAGAGGACAAGUUGUACCCGAUACUGGAGUAUGUUAGUGGAGGUUGUUUAGAGGAGCUGUUGGCCAGGAAAGAUGUGCCUUUGUGCUGGAGAGAGAAAGUGGACCUGGCCUCUGACAUCUCAAGAGGGAUGAUUUACUUGCACUACAAAAACAUCUAUCACAGAGAUCUAAACUCAAAGAAUUGUCUGAUAAGGGUGACGGCGAGAGGCAGAGAGGCACUGGUGACCGAUUUCGGCUUGGCUAGAGAGGUGGUAGAACUUCCUGCAAAAGACAGGAAGCUUUCACUUGUCGGCUCCGCCUUCUGGAUGGCCCCUGAGAUGCUCCGCGGGGAACCCUACGAUCGUAAGGUGGACGUGUUCUCGUUUGGAAUUGUUUUGUGUGAAAUUAUGGCUAGGGUCCCAGCUGACCCAGAAAUCCUUCCAAGAACUCAGGACUAUGGCUUAGAUGUGUCAGCAUUCAAGAAAAUGGUCAGUGGGUGUCCUCAUCUUCUUUUGGAGCUGGCAGCCAGGUGUUGUCUGAUAGAGGCUUUCCGAAGACCCUCUUUUACAGAGAUUCAGGAGGAGUUAGGUGAAAUUGCUGAAACUUUGGAGCCUCCUCACACUGAUCUUACCACAGGCUGAGGUGCAGAAGGUCCUCUAGGAUCCCAUGAGCUCUGUAAUGAACAUUACCAGCUGGAGUUCUGUACAUAGACUUGAGCACAAACACAAAUGCAGCUGAACUGAAAUUUCUCUCUGAACGGUUUGCUUUGAAAGAGCAGAUCAAUGAAAAGGUCACAAUUUUUUAUGGACGCUCUGCAGGUAAUUAGAUGACCUACCAUCAUUAUAUAAUAUAUAUUGUACAGUAAUAUUAUACAAAGAGAAAUGUUGUUUCAGGUUCCAGCUAAAGUGUGUUCAGCUGUUUGCGGUGUCAACUUUCACAAAGCUACAGACUUUCAGAUAAACGUGUCGCUGUUUCUGUUCUUGUAUUAAUACUUUUAUAUCUAAAAAUCACCCUAAAUUAGACUUUGAUGGCUAAGAUAGCCAGUGAUUAUGAGAAGAACUAACUUGAAGAUCACAAAAUAAAUUGUUCUAAAUCACCAAAUAAUAUUUUCAUAGAGUCUAAAAUUUUCAGUUAAUGUGUCCUGUACAUUACCAGUUUGGAUUCAGUUGUAAAUGAGAAAGUUAUUUAUUUAGUUAUUUUGGUACUAAAGUUGGCCCCAGAAAGUGCAAAAAAUGCAUUUGCAUUGCCUGCAUUUAUGACAGGCCAGACUUUUUUAAAAUUUUUUUAGAAAAGUGAAGAUUGUGUACUUCUCUUUCAUAAUAAGCAAUCUACACAGAAGCAAGUACUCAUCACUUUUUCUCAUUUGUGGUUUUGUCUUCCACUGUGAGCGGAGAUGGUGCACUUUGGAAACUCUCUAUAGGGCUAUACAAUCAUCACAGUACGAUCCCCAUUUCCUGCCUUAAAGCGCCUCUGUGUUGCUGUAACUCUCUCACCAGAACUUGUAUUGCAUACUUAUUUUGCUCUCAUUUAGAAUGAGUGUUUGGUGAACAUUUCAUACAAUUUAUCCUUUUUCCUUUGCAACAUUCAAACAAACAACAAAGCUCAAGUUACUCCUCUUUCUACCUUAUGGUUAAUUUUAGUUAGCUUAUUUACCAUGCAUUAUGAAUUUCAGUAGUGUGAGUAUGACUUGGUUCCACCAAACAGGCUUCAAUAUACAGUGACACAAACAGCUUCUCUUAAAACAUUUCUUAAAGUCACUGAACAUAUAAUACAGUAAUGUGGGCUGUCGCUAAAAUUCACGGGGCCGGGCAAAUUUUUUAAUAGAGGACCUUAGUGAUUUGCAUAACUUGGCACCCUUCAGACAGAAUGUAUUCUUGCAUUAGAAUGCUAGACGCAGUGUAAGGACGUCUUGAGGCAUGCUUUAUGAGUUUAAAACUUAACUCGGUGUCUUAAAGAGAUGCUGAAAAAAUGGCAAACAUCAAAGGCGUUUGUGUAACCGUGCUUGUUUACGUAGAAAAACACAACGAAGACGGAUGCAUUAUGAUUUUGUUGUGUUUGUUCUUUUUUCUUGUUAUUUGUGUUUAUUAAGUUAUUAGUCUGAAUAACAUGGCUGUUAUUUGGGUUGUUAAUAAUUUAUGCUUUAGAUGCCUUUGUAAAUUGCCUCUUGAACGUUUUUCAAGUUAACAUUAACAAAAUCUACAUUCUGUGCCUCAAAGAGGAUGCUAGAGGUUUCCUCUAGUCUUGAAAAUCUUAUGGAGAGAAAUAUGUCAUGCUAACUUCCCUGUCCCUUGAUCACAGGGCUGAUGUCUGUAUAGUCUGAAUCUUUCCAUGGUUUGUAGUGUUUUUGUAAUACAUGUUAAAUAAAGAUAAAAGGAAACGUA